GUUUAGGUUAUUUUUAGAGUAGAAAUGGGAAUAGUUUGCAGUUUCUGUGUUUCUCCCUGCUUUACACACUCGAAGAAGAGCCUGAUGAGGUCACAAAAUCUGGUGUUCCGCCGGAAUUGUCAUCGCACCCGUAGGAACACACCGCUAGUUCUCGGCCAUUUUUUACAAGUCUAACCUACGAAACGCAACAAAAACAUAAAGACGCUGAUAUUCUUUUUACUGUAUUCGGACUGGAGCAGCAGUCGAUAACCUGAUUGGCUAUCAUGUCAGAUUUUAUUGAUAGCGAAGCAGAGGAAUCAGAGGAGGAACUCGAAGAGAAAGAUCUUAAGCCGAAGAAGACUCAGAGAUUUCUGGAAGAAGAUGAUGAGGAGGAAGAUGUUGACAACCCUGAGGAACAGGAUGAGCAUGGGAACUUGCGUGGUCUAAUUGAUGAUGGAGAUGAUGAUGGGGAAGAGGAGGAAGAAGCACCGAAAAGUGGAAGUGGAGGGGGGAGUGACUCAGAGGAAGAAGUGAGACAUCGCCGUAAAAAGCGCAAUUAUGAUGACUACCUGGAUGAUGAUGAUCUCGACCUCAUUGAGGAAAAUUUAGGCGUCAAAGUGAAAAGGAGGAAGAAGAAAUAUGACCGCGUCAAAACACUUGACGAGGAUGAAGAUGACGAUGAGAAGGACCUGAUCGCAGAUGAGAUUUUUCAUGGAGAUGGUGAUGGUGAUCUGGAGGAAGGCGAGGCUUUGGACGAGCCCCUCCAGACUGUAGAUGAUGAGGAGGAAGGAGAAGAGGAGGACUCAGAUAUAGAUGAUUUUAUUGUGGAUGAUGAUGGCCAGCCCAUCACAAAAAAACGGGGCAAGAAGUUCUCUGGAUACACAGAUGCAGCCCUCCAAGAAGCCCAGGAAAUCUUUGGUGGCGACUUUGACUUUGCUGACAUUGGUGUUGAUGAAGGAGGUGAGGAAGAAGAGGAAGAUCCAGAAGAAGAGGGCUGGGACCGACCUAAGAAACAGACUAAAAGGAGAUUGGGAAGAAAGAGCAUCUUUGAAAUCUAUGAGCCCAGUGAACUGGAAAGCAGUCACAUGACUGAUCAGGACAAUGAGAUUCGAUCCACAGACAUGCCUGAGAGGUUCCAGUUACGAUCCAUUCCUGUUAAGCCCGCUGAGGAUGAUGAGCUGGAAGAAGAAGCCGAGUGGAUCUUCAGACAUGGUUUCUCCACUCUCACCAUCUCCAUGCAGGAAAGCACAGACUACCUUGACAGAGGGACAACCACAAAUUUCAGCAGAAAGGGUCCAAGUACAAUUGCCAAGAUUAAGGAGGCUCUUAACUUCAUGAGGAAUCAACAAUUUGAGGUCCCCUUUAUAGCUUUCUACAGAAAAGAAUAUGUUGAACCAGAGCUAAAUAUCAAUGACCUGUGGAAGGUGUGGCAAUGGGAUGAGAAGUGGACUCAGCUGAGAACCCGAAAGCAGAACCUGACCCGGCUGUUCCAAAAGAUGCAGUCAUAUCAGUUUGAGCAGAUCUCUGCUGACCCUGACAAGCCCCUGGCUGAUGGCGUUCGUCCUUUAGACACGGCUGACAUGGAGAGGCUAAAAGAUGUACAGACUCUUGAAGAACUGGGAGAUGUGUACAAUCACUUCCUGCUCUAUUACGGUCGAGACAUCCCCAAGAUGCAAAACGCUGCUAAAUCCACCAAGAAGAGGCUCAAGAAGAUCAGAGAAGUGACAGAAGAUGGGGAAGAGGAGGAGCUUGAAAUUGAAGAAGAGGAGGAACAGAAAGCCCCUGACCUCAAGCAGGCAUCUCGUAGGGACAUGUACAGCAUUUGCCAAAGUGUUGGACUUGACGGCUUGGCUAAAAAGUUUGGUUUGACCCCGGAGCAGUUUGGAGAGAAUUUAAGAGACAGUUACCAGCGUCACGAGACAGAGCAGUUCCCUGCUGAGCCUUUAGAACUGGCAAAAGAUUAUGUGUGCAGUCAGUUCUCCACCCCCGAGAAUGUGCUGGUAGGAACUAGAUAUAUGGUUGCCAUGCAAAUUGCUCGGGAACCUCUAGUCAGGCAUGUUCUUCGCCAGACCUUUCAGGAGAGAGCCAAGAUUAACAUCAAACCCACAAAGAAGGGUAAAAAGGAGGUAGAUGAGGCUCACUUUGCUUACUCCUUCAAGUAUCUGAAAAACAAGCCCGUAAAGGAGCUGAAUGGGGACCAGUUCUUGAAAAUGUGUCUGGCUGAGGAAGAAGGACUUCUUACUAUAGAUAUCUGCAUAGACCUCAUUGGCGUUAAAGGGUAUGCUGGGGACCAGACAUACUUUGAUGAAAUCAAGCAGUUCUACUACCGGGACGAGUUCAGUCAUCAGGUCCAAGAGUGGAACAGACAACGAACCUUAGCUAUAGAGAGGGCCCUCAAUCAGUUCCUCUACCCUCAGAUGGCCAAGGAGCUCAAGAGCAAACUGAUUGCCGAGGCCAAAGAGAACAUAGUCAGGUCCUGCUGUCGUCGGCUCUAUAACUGGCUGAAGGUGGCUCCUUACAGACCAGAUCAGCAGGUGGAGGAGGAUGAUGACCUGAUGGAUGAGAGCCAGGGGAAGGGCAUUCGGGUGUUGGGUGUGGCUUAUGCUCCAAGCAGAGAUACACCAGUUUUUUGUGCUCUGAUAAAUGGAGAAGGAGAAGUGGUGGACUUCCUUCGACUUCCUUACUUUAUGAAGAGAAGAAAUGCUUUCAGGGAGGAUGAAAGAGAGAAAAAGGCCAAUGACAUUGAAAAUCUUAAGAAGUUCUUGUCGAGUAAAAAGCCUCAUGUUGUAGCUGUCGCGGGGGAAAAUCGAGAUGCCCAAAUGAUCAUGGAAGACAUAAAGAGAACCAUCAGUGAGCUUGAGCAGGAGUCCUCUCUUUCUCCUGUGGGAGUGGAGCUUGUGGACAAUGAAUUGGCCACAUUGUACAUGAACAGUAAGAAAUCUGAGAAUGAUUUCAGGGAUUACCCGCCCUUGCUGAGACAGGCGGUGUCAAUAGCCAGGAAGAUCCAGGAUCCAUUGCUGGAGUACGCUCAAGUCUGCAGCACAGAUGAGGACAUCCUCUGCCUAAAGCUGCACCCACUACAGGAACAUGUGGUGAAGGAGGAUUUGCUCUCCGCUCUUUACUGUGAGUUCAUCAACCGUGUGAAUGAGGUUGGAGUGGAUGUGAACAGGGCCAUCGCCCAUCCUCACACUCAGAGCCUGGUUCAGUACGUCUGUGGUCUGGGAUCAAGAAAGGGUUCCCACCUUCUUAAGAUUUUAAAGCAGAACAACACUCGACUUGAAAACAGAACACAGCUCGUCACAAUGUGUCACAUGGGGCCGAAAGUUUUCAUCAACUGUGCUGGUUUCAUCAAAAUCGACACGGCAUCACUUGGAGACAGCACGGACUCAUACAUUGAGGUUCUGGAUGGUUCUCGUGUCCACCCUGAGACCUAUGAGUGGGCUCGCAAGAUGGCUGUAGACGCCCUCGAGUAUGAUGAGUCUGCAGAAGACGCAAAUCCAGCCGGGGCUUUGGAGGAGAUCUUAGAGAAUCCAGAACGUCUCAAAGAUCUGGACCUGGACGCCUUUGCAGAAGAGCUUGAGAGACAGGGUUACGGCAACAAGGGAAUUACUCUGUAUGACAUCCGUGCAGAGCUGAGCUGCAGGUACAAAGACCUCAGAGUUCUUUACAGAGUGCCGAACACUGAGGAGGUCUUCAACAUGCUGACCAAGGAGACUCCUGAGACCUUUUAUAUUGGAAAGCUGAUCACCAGCAUUGUGACGGGUAUUGCUCACAGACGGCCUCAAGGAGAGAGUUAUGACCAGGCCAUUCGUAACGAUGCCACAGGUCUGUGGCAGUGUCCGUUCUGCCAGCAGGACAAUUUUCCCGAGCUGAGCGAGGUGUGGAAUCACUUUGACAGCGGCUCGUGUCCUGGACAAGCUAUUGGGGUGCGGAGCAGAUUAGACAAUGGUGUCCAAGGCUUCAUUCCCACAAAGUUCCUCAGUGACAAAGUGGUCAAACACCCAGAAGAAAGAGUGAAGGUGGGCAUGACCGUCCACUGCCGCAUAAUGAAAAUCGACAUUGAGAAGUUCAGCGUGGAUCUCACGUGCCGCACCUCAGACCUGAUGGACAAGAACAACGAGUGGAAGCUUCCUAAAGACACCUACUACGAUUUUGACACAGAAGCUGAGGACCAGAAGCAUGACGAGGAGCUCAAAAAGAAACAGCAAAGAACACCAUAUAUAAAGCGUGUGAUCGCCCAUCCCAACUUCCACAACAUCAGUUUCAACCAGGCUGAGAAGAUGAUGGAGACUCUGGACCAGGGAGACUUGAUCAUCCGGCCGAGUAGCAAAGGGGAGAACCACCUGACAGUCACCUGGAAAGUGGCCGAUGGAAUCUAUCAGCACGUGGAUGUGAGAGAAGAAGGCAAAGAAAAUGCAUUUAGUUUAGGACACACCCUCUGGAUCAACAAUGAAGAAUUUGAAGAUCUGGAUGAAAUAAUUGCUCGCUACAUUCAGCCGAUGGCCUCUUUUGCACGAGAUCUGCUCGGACACAAGUACUUCCAGGAUUGUAACGGGGGAAGUAGAGAGAAAAUGGAAGAGGCGUUAAUCAAGACAAAGAGGGAGAAGCCUACCUUUAUUCCAUACUUUAUUUCUGCGUGUAAAGAUCUACCUGGAAAAUUCAUUUUAGGCUACCAACCCCGUGGAAAACCUCGGAUUGAGUAUGUGACCAUCACCCCGGAUGGUUUCAGAUAUCGCUCUCAGAUAUUUCCUACUGUAAACGGACUUUUCCGUUGGUUUAAGGACCAUUACCAAGAGCCUGUGCCAGGCGUCACUCCCAGCAAUAGCAGUCGGACAAGAACACCUGCGUCUCUGAACGCCACCCCGGCUAAUAUCAACAUUGCAGACUUAACACGAGCCGUCAACGCACUUCCAAGAAACAUGACCUCACAAAUGUUCAGCGCCAUCGCUGCAGUCACAGGCCAGGGCCAAAACCCCAACACCACCCCGGCACAGUGGGGCUCCAGCCAGUAUGGAUAUGGUGGGAGCACAGGAGGGGGAGGCAGCUCCUCUGCUUACCAUGUGUUCGCUACACCUCAGCAGCCCAUAGCCACACCCAUGAUGACCCCCAGCUACUCCUACACCACGCCCAGCCAGCAGGCCCUGGGCACCCCACAGUACCCCGGCUCCACCCCUCAGUCUUCUCACGCACACCACCAACACCUCCCACAUCACAGCCACGCUCCUCACAGCAGCCAUCACGGCCACUCUUCAGGAACGCCGUCAUCCUCCACGUCAUCCAGAGGACGCACGCCGCAACAGCAGCAGCAGCAGCCGCAACCACAGCCAAAGCCGAGCAGCAGCGGCAGCAACUCCUCAGCAGUGGACUGGGGAAAGAUGGCCGAGCAGUGGCUGAAGGAGAAAGAGGCCGAGGGGCGAAAGAAAGCCACAAGGAUGACCCCACGACCGUCCCCCAGCCCCAUGAUCGAAAGCACACCCAUGUCUAUUACUGGAGAUGCCACGCCCCUGCUGGAUGAAAUGGACCGAUAGGACACAUAGGGGGGUACACACAACCCCCCCCUACCCACCUUCAUCCUUUGUCCCACCUCACUUGGAUAGGCUCUCGUCCCAUCUCCUCUACCACAAACCAUCAAACGCCUCCCACCGACGUCCAUGUCAUCCACUCUUCACCUUCUGAUAUCCUAGCGAAUCCGUCUGGUAUCAAGGUUCACGUCAACUCCUUCCUGUCCUCUGUCCUCCUGGUCGCCACUUUCAUACCAAAAGCUUUAUUUCUUUAAGCCCCUGCCAAUCUGCACUGGCUGCAUAGUAUUUUGCAUACUCGACAUAACACUGUUUGUCAUUUGAAAUGGCAGUACAAUAAAACAAGAACUUGAAGUAUUCGUUACAUAAAGGAAAUGGACCUACACAGACACUGACAGGCAAGCUGUCCUAACACCUUUGUUUUUGCGUUUGGGCUUAGUUUGGCCCUUCAGUGGAUUUGACAGCGGGGGGGGGGGGGGGGGGGGGGGGGGGGGUUGGUUGGUGGAGUUUUGGCCAAAGCAGCUCUUUGCAAAGCCAAUCAGAAAACGUUUGUUUUUGUAUUGCGUGCAUCAUAAUGAACAUCAUAAUGAAUAAAGACUUUUUUUUUCCUGUUUGAACCAUAAAGACUCCACUGCUCACACAUGUCAAACACACAGGUAAAUGUACAGACUCAUACAGGCACAGGGGGGUUAAAAGAAGAAACCUGCAAUACAUGCUGUGUUAUGGUCAGACAACUGCUGUAGAUAGCUGCUAAUGUGUUGGCGGUGGCCACAAUAAGUACAGUGGUUGCUUUUGAACGUGUGUGCAUGAAUGUGAGGACACAUCAGUUCAAGGUUUUGCCAGAUGUUUGUGAAGCAGCAGUGUUGGACAGUGCUGUCUUUGCAGGGGCAGCCAUCAUUUUUUGUCUGAUCUUAGGUCACAUUCGGCAUGUUUUGGAUGUUAUUUCAAACACAAUUGCUGGAUCUCACUGGUACGACGAGAGUAAUUGACCGCUGCAGCAGUGAAACUGAAGCGGAGUGGUGUGGGCGAGCUCCUGUUUUUGUGACGACUAUCAGCUGAAGAUCCUAUUAGACUGACUUCAUCCCAUUAUGUUUAUAUAGUUAGCUCAGUAACAUUUUAAACUGCACGCAGUUCAUUUAGAAAACGAUGAUAAAUCUGUCUGUCAUUUGGACGUUGAAUGCCUCUGCUGGCCUCAUGAGUUCACUUUUGUUUUGCUGUGCCACAGUGUAAACAAGCAGCCCUGGUAUUUAACGUGUGCUUUUGGUACCAGUGUACAGAGCAUCAUGGUUGGUUGAAACGCAUAUUGUUUUUACAUGAGGCGACACGCUGGCUUAUACCUAAAAACUGAAAAUCCUGCAACCUGUCUGACUGAUUGUCAGCAGUCACUGAUGUAGGUGUCUGCCUGGCUGACGGUCUUUUCUACCUGUGAUCCCUUUAAUAAAAGUGUUCCUAGUAAACCAAA